CGUUCACCCACAUCUCUCCUGCAAGGGACUACUUUUGACCUGCCUGUUCCCGUUUCUUGUUCUCUCGCUCAACUCUUACUCCUGAUUUUGCACCGUAUCUAUUCUUCAAGAUGCGUGAGAUCAUUAGCAUCAACGUCGGCCAGGCGGGUUGCCAGAUCGCCAAUUCAUGCUGGGAGCUUUACUGCCUCGAGCAUGGCAUUCAGCCUGAUGGAUACUUGACUGAAGAGCGCAAGCUUGCGGAUCCCGAUCAGGGAUUCAGCACUUUCUUCUCCGAGACUGGCCAGGGCAAGUACGUUCCUCGCACUAUUUACUGCGAUCUCGAGCCCAACGUCGUCGAUGAGGUCCGCACCGGUACCUACCGUAGUCUAUUCCACCCCGAGCAGAUGAUCACCGGCAAGGAGGAUGCGUCCAAUAACUAUGCUCGUGGUCAUUACACCGUGGGCAAGGAGCUCAUCGACCAGGUUUUGGACCGAGUACGACGUGUCGCCGACAGCUGCGCUGGUCUCCAAGGUUUCUUGGUCUUCCACUCUUUCGGUGGUGGUACUGGUUCUGGUUUCGGUGCUCUGUUGAUGGAGCGUCUGUCGGUCGACUACGGCAAGAAGAGCAAGUUGGAAUUCUGUGUCUACCCUGCUCCGCAAACCGCUACCUCGGUCGUCGAGCCGUACAACUCUAUCCUUACCACACACACCACGCUCGAGCACUCUGACUGCUCCUUCAUGGUCGACAACGAAGCUAUUUACGACAUCUGCCGCCGAAAUCUCGGCCUGGAGCGUCCUAACUACGAGAACCUGAACCGCUUGAUCGCCCAAGUUGUGUCUUCUAUCACGGCCUCUCUUCGAUUCGAUGGCUCUCUCAACGUCGAUCUUAACGAGUUCCAGACCAACUUGGUGCCGUAUCCUCGUAUUCACUUCCCUCUAGUUGCUUACGCGCCGGUUAUCUCGGCCGCUAAGGCUGCUCACGAGGCCAACUCGGUCCAAGAGAUGACCAUGUCUUGCUUCGAACCCUACAACCAGAUGGUCAAGUGUGACCCCCGCCACGGCAAGUACAUGGCUACAUGCUUGCUAUACCGAGGUGACGUCGUCCCCAAGGACGCUCACGCGGCUGUGGCUACGCUCAAGACCAAGCGCACGAUCCAAUUCGUCGACUGGUGCCCAACUGGAUUCAAGCUCGGUAUCUGCUUCCAGCCUCCUCAGCUGGUUCCUAACGGCGAUUUGGCCAAGGUCAACCGUGCCGUCUGCAUGCUUUCCAACACAACGGCUAUCGCUGAGGCCUGGUCAGCUCUGUCCAACAAGUUCGACCUGAUGUACUCCAAGCGCGCUUUCGUCCACUGGUACGUUGGUGAGGGUAUGGAGGAAGGCGAGUUCUCCGAGGCUCGUGAGGAUUUGGCUGCUCUAGAGCGUGAUUACGAGGAGGUCGCCACCGACUCCCUAGAGGCUGAGGGAGAUGUUGAUGCCGAGUACUAAAAUUGAGGUUACUCAUGCUACGUGUCACGGCUAAAGGCAUUUUUUAAUAUUCUGCUCCCACUGUCGCCUCCGAUUCAGGCCUGCCGCGAUAGGACUUCUCUGUUUAUACUAAAAGGCGUAUGAGAGAUGUGCUAGUUGUGCUUAGGUAGCAG